AUGUCCGAGAUCACUAUCACAGAGGGCGAGUUCCGCCUCCCCGACGGCGUCGCCGUCUACCAGAAGACAUGGUCGCCCCCCAUCCCCAAGGCCAAACUAGUCCACUUCCACGGCUUCAGCGACCACAUCAACAACAGCAACGAGCUCUUCACCAACCUCGCGCAGCAAGGCAUCCACGUGUCGGGAAUCGACCAACGCGGCUGGGGACGGUCCGCGCCCACCAAGGCGUCCCGGGGAAACACGGGCCCGACGCCCUUCAUCCUCGCCGACCUGGCCUCUUUCAUCAAGUCCCAGCAAAGCGAGAUCUACCCGGACCUCCCCCUCUUCAUCAGCGGUCACUCCAUGGGCGGCGGCCUGGUCGCCACCCUCGCCUCAACCCCCGAGUACCAGCCCCUGGUCUCCUCCUUCCGGGGCAUCAUUCUCCUUGCGCCUCUCAUCGGACUCACCCCCAUGCAAACCCCCAGCUCGGUGACCGUCUUCCUCGGCCGACUAGCGGGAAAGCUCCUCCCGCACCACCAACUAACCCAGCGCAUGAAGAUCGAGUCUAUUGCGCGUGAUCCGGACGUGCAGACGAUGCUGAGAUCCGACCCGCUGAACCAUGGAACGGGGACGUUGGAGAUGUUUGCCGCGAUGUUGGAUCGCACGGCGGAUUUGUCGAGCGGCAAGUUGGUUCUCCAGGAUGGGGUCAGGUCGGUUUAUUUGGCCCAUGGGAAUGCGGACGGGUGUACGAGUUUUGAGGCGAGUAGGAAGUGGUUUGACAGUCAGACGGGGGGGAUGUUGCAGGGGGAUAAGUGCUUUAAGGAGUAUGAUGGCUGGUGUCAUGUUUUGCAUCUAGAUUCGAAGGAUAAUAGGAAGACGUAUGCGGAUGAUUUGGCGGGGUGGAUUUUGGGGAGGGAGUAG